AUGUGGGAGCACCGGAACACAGUUCAAUAUUCGGACAAUAAUGUUCAACUCUGCGAAUGUCACCGUGCUGUCAACAAAGGGGUUCACUCAAAGUUUGAUAUGGGUCCAGAUGAUUUACCCAAGGACAUUAGACAAAUGCUGCGACAUGCUGUCAACACGUUCUUUGUAAACCAUUGGUGGACAAAGAAUGGCUUUACUUCCUCAGGAGCACAAGGACUAUUGACGCUCUCUGAAAGCUCAACACCACAGUCUACAGACAAUCUUCGCCGCGUCCGCUGGACCCAGACCUUCUGUCCAUGGGACCUUAAGAGCUGCGGACCCACCUUGCCAUGUAGCAGCAGGAGUUGUCCUCACUUGGAAUAUGACUUGAGCAACUUCUGA